AUGGACCAUAUUGUCCUGGAGCGCGUCGCGCCAAGGAUAGGAGCUCGGACCCCAAUCUUCUCGGCCAAACAAUCCGCCGUAGGAGAAAAGUUCCCUUCAAAAGUUGGAGAGCUUUGCGCUUCUCUUUCUGCACCACCACAGCAUCUUCUGCUGCUUUAG